AUGGCCCCGUCCAUCGAUUUGAUCCAGGGUAUGCCCGUGGUGUUUACACAAAACGUGAACCCUCAACACGGAAUUGCAAAUGGAACGUUUGGGACAUCGCACUCCGUUCAGUUCAACCAAACGACGAAGUUCAAGCUCGUUGAAGACGCUGGAUCGAAGCUGAAGGUGUUGAUACCCAACAGUCCACCCGCAGUUGUGUUUGUUCGAGUGACACGUCCAAAGAACUUUGACGUGCUGCCUCGAGAUGGAUUGCACGACUCCCUGCCAGCUGACGUGUACCCCGUGUUCAUGUUCAAGCCUCAGGGAUCAACUGAGGUUACGUUGACGCCUGGCCCUGGUGGUUCAAAACGAACACUGAAGCUCAACUUGCAGCAGUUGCCGUUUGUCAACGCAAUUGCUUCGACAAUCUACAAGAUCCAAGGCGAGACAAUGGAAUCCCUUGUUGUCGCGGAUUGGAAAGCACGUGGCUCCAAGUUCAAUAAGGUUGUCAACACUUGCCAACAAGGAUACAUCGCCAUCUCCCGAUUGACCAAGCGUGAUGGGUUUUCAGCACUGAAACCGCUCACAAAUGAGUGCAUCCGGUACUUUCAGCCGAGCAACGACACUAUUGCAGAGAACUUGAGGCUGGAGCAACUGUUUGCGGUCUAUCUGUCCCGCAACGAAAACACUGUCGUGUUCAACUCCAGUGAUUUCAACGCCUUGAAGAAGACUCUACCAGAAGCCCCAGUUGCAGUCGCUCCACGGGCCAAACGAAAGCUCUGUGUUUUGGACCCCAUGGAGAGCACUCCCGCAACAAACAUGCUUUCAAUGGCUCAACUAAAGCGGAGUGUAUUGGAUCGCAUGGAGAAGCGCCCAUUUGAAGUUGCAAGGGCCCGACCAAAGUCAAGUGUUUUGGGGCUGAUGCAACGAAGUUCACCAUGCACGGUGCUUCCUGCGACUCCAUCAACUCCUCCUGAUUUGGGUCGCUCAAGUUCGAAGAGCUCGGUUGGGUGUACCGAAGAAUUGUUCUCACAAGCAUCAUUGCAGAACCACAGCACCUCCAUCGACGACGCCCUUGAAACGUUGUCGUUGAGUUCUCCGCCUCCUCGAAACAAAGGCAAAGCGCAGCAUCGGGCGCUCCCAGACCUGUCUUGCGUGGAGAGAUUGAGUUACGUUUGGAUGGCCCGGGCUCACGAUUUCAACUUGGAAUCGCUUCUUUCGCUAGAUGCCUGGAUUGGUGAGGACGUGAUCAACCUUUUCAUGGCGAGCCUGGUGCAAUUUACGCCAAGAUUUGCCUUUUUGAACAGUCACUUCUUCGAGGGCAUGACGAACGAUCCAAAUCUCGAACAAGCCACCCGAAUCCUAAGAAGGUCAUCCUAA